AGCUAAAGCACACAGCUGUGGUUCAGUGUCUACUUCUGGGAAGAAACCCUCCGCCCACUGGUUUACUCGAUCUGUGCGUGCUGGUUCUCUUCCUUCUCUCUUUCGUGCUCUUCCCUUUACACUAGCUUUCUGUUUGGUGAUUUGGGGGCUCAAACAUCGAUGCAGAUGAGGAAGUUCACCGCCUUGUUCUCCAUCUUCCGUGUCCGUUUGUUUCUCCCUUCCUUGUCUGGUUCUGCCCCACCUGUCGUCCUUUUGGUGCUUCUCUGUCUCGCACUCUCAUUUUCCUUGGUCAUGAAUGCAUUUAUUGCUUGACUCUCUCUCUCUCUCUCUCUCUCUCACACACACACACACACCAGCUUAUAAAAGCCAGAGAUAGUAGACUGACCGAGGAAAGAGAACAAUCUUACUCCUUGUAAAGUUGUCUCCCUCUCUAGUCCUCGUUCAUUCACUCAAAUCACAUCAGGAAAUGGGACUGCUCCACUGUAUCACGACUCACAGAACGUUUCAUCUCCUUCUCUCGGUGCUUCUCCUCUUGAGCUCCACUCCAGGCCAGUAUUCGGCCGAAGGUAGACCAUCGUUUAGGCUUCUGGAGGUGGCAAACUUGCAGGGAAGGGGAGAGGAGAAGGCGAUGGUGAGAGCUUUGAUCGGAUCGAGACCACCGAUCUGCGAGAGGAGGUGCGUGACAUGCGGCCGCUGUGAAGCAGUUCAAGUGCCAGUAAUCCCACAGGCGAAGAGCCGAAGUAGGCAAUUCCUGGGCGUGGCCAUCUUGAGGGGCGACUACAGCUCCAACUACAAGCCCCUGAGUUGGAAAUGCAAAUGCGGGGACGUCAUCUUUAAUCCAUGAGACGCUACGAGUGAGUCGAUACCAGAUUUCAACUGUGGAUAAUACUCGAUCGAUCGAUCGAUCGAUGAACUCUGUUCUUGUUCCCUUUCCCUUCGCUUCUGGGCUGUUUCGUGUGUCAUGUAUGCACUCCACUCGUCUCCCUGUAAUCUGCCGGACAGACAUCAUGGUAUUCUCGUUCGACUCCAUGUAGCAGAAGCAAAAUGGCAUCUGGUCUUUUUGUCCCGA